UCGCUCACGUAGUGAAUCGAAACCCACGAAAGUUGAGUUGAUCGUCAGUUGGGCAACCAGCAGCCGCGUGAUAACAUAUUUCGUUUCAACGAGACUCUAUAUACGCGACCAGGAUCGUUGGCAGCAAGGAUCUAUAUAAGAUAUAUGCAUUCAGCUAAUAACAUUAGAGAGAAAAUGGGAUCGUGGAUAAGUUAUACAUCGACUAAUUACGGCAUCCCGCUAUAUUACUUCGAUCCUGACGUGGAGUUGACGCCCGAAAGACCCGAUUACUGUUCAACCAAAUGGGAACUGAAAGAGAAAAUUGAACACCUGGCCGAUUCAUCCGAAAAGAUCAAUGAAAUCAGCUAUUACACUCACCCGCUCAACUGGUGGCAAAUGUCAAAGUAUGUCCUGCAUCACGCGUUCAUCGUCCUGGAAACGGACAGCUGGUUCUGGUCCAUCGAAAAGGACGAAGGAGGCAUCACCAUCCAGCGAUCAAAGCAGCUGGAAAAUGUUCGCGACCAGUGUCGCAAACACGGCCGCAUCGCCGGUAUAGCCACUUGGAUCAACUCGGGCGUCACCUGUCAGAAAAAAGGCUCCAGCCACGCCAGAGUCGUCGACGUCGUCCAUCAGAUGUGGCGGGAAGAGUGCCUGCAUUCAGAUUACCAUUUCCUGCAGAACAACUGCAAGCAGUUCGCCAAUACAAUUUACGACAACUUUGUCUUAGUGUCUAAUAACGACGACGUGCCAAUAAUAGAGAAAGUCGAGUUGCCCAUACCCGCUUCUACCUGACGAGUUGGAUGGACCACCGUACGUACUGUACAUUGACUUGAUUGUGGCAAGCUGAAAACGUAUCAACCCGCGUGAUUUGAAAUUUGAAAAAAAAAAAAAAAUGUUAUUGAUUGAAUUAAAUGGAUUUGAAUAAAUUUUAGUUUUGCGAG